GAAAAAUGGCCAAUAAAAGGCAGCUAUUUGGAAAAGUGAAGGCGACUGGCGCAGGGGCACACGUCAUCCUCCAGAAAUCGAUCGGAUAUUUUUCCGGUUUGAACCUCUUGUUGGGUAUUAUUGUAGGAUCUGGGAUCUUCAUUUCCCCUGCCGGAGUGCUCGGGUAUUGCCGUCUCAACGUCGGGGUGGCCCUGUCCAUAUGGGCGGCCAGCGGAGUGAUGUCCAUGCUGGGCGCCUUAUGUUACACAGAACUGGGGACAGCCCUUCCAUCUUCAGGUGGAGAUUAUUACUACGUGAAGAGAGGACUGGGAUCUUUUCCAGCUUUCCUGCUUCUGCUUGUUGACAUCAUUUUCUCCAUGCCAGUGGGUAUAAGCAUUAAAUCCAUGACCUUCGCAGAGUACGCCACCAAGCCCUUCUACACCGACUGCCCAACUCCUGAAAUGGUGAAGAAAGCGAUUGCCAUUGCUGUGGUGAUCAUUUUAACUGCUUUGAAUGGUGUCACCAUCAAAGGGGCUCUCUGGGUGCAGAAAAUCUUCACCAUCCUUAAGAUGCAAUGUUUAGUCCUCAUAGCCAUUGGUGGACUCGUCGAGAUGGCGAAAGGAAACACAAAAAAUCUGGAGAAUGCAUUUGAUGGAGAGGUGCCCACCGUGUCGCAGAUUUGCCUGGCUUUCUACCAAGGACUGUGGGCAUAUGGGGGCUGGAAUGGACUGAACAAAGCCGAAGGUAAGCUGCGCUUUAUUUUUAAAUGUGGGCCCGUCUGUUCUCUGUACAUCGACUAUGGAGAUGAGAACAUAUGA